AUGGUUGAUCUGAGGAGCUGUAACGGUUCGGUUUUUAUCGACGGUGAGGACCGUUCCACGGUUUUAUCGGUUGCCCCCUGUAGGGACGAGGACACGGGGGUUCCGAAAGUUUGUGAGCGUGGGGACAGCUUUGUUGAGGACUCGGUAACUCGGUUACCGGGUGAAUUGACGGUACAGGAGGGCGCUGGUCUGGGUCCCGGUGAGUCCUGUAGAGGUCCGGACGGAUGGACGCGGUGUUGCGGUUUACCGGUCUGCGCGUGCUGUCGGGCACCGGAGCUCGAGGGCGACACCGAGUCACCCGCAUCUCAUCCAGCGGGGCGUAAGGCGCGGUGUCCCGGUCUGGGUCUCCUCUACACCCUCCUGGCGUCGGUCUUCUUCUCCGUCGCCGCCCUGCUGGUAAAGAAAAUUGACGGCAUCCACGCCGUGGAGAUCAGCGCAAUACGGUGCUUCUUCCAAAUGCUGUUUGUGAUUCCGGUCAUGAUUUACUACAGGACCGGCUUCCUGGGCCCCCGUGGGAUGCGGGUGUGCCUGUUCCUGCGUGGUUUCCUGGGGUCCAACGCCAUGAUCCUGCUGUACUACGCCGUGCUCCAGAUGCCCCUGGCCGACGCCACCGUCAUUACAUUCAGCAACCCGGUCUUCACCUCGCUGCUGGCCUGGAUCUUCCUGAAGGAGCGCUGCACCAUCUGGGACCUGGUGUUCACCGUGUUCACCCUCACUGGGGUCGUCCUGAUAGCACGACCCCCGUUCCUGUUCGGGGGUGAGCUCGAUGCCGAAGAGGAAAACCCCGGCGGCCGCUUUAAGGGUGCGGCGGCGGCCUUCGGGAGCGCCGUGGCGGCGGCCUGCACCAUCGUCAUCCUGAGGAGAAUGGGCAAGAACGUCCAUUACUACCUGUCGGUGUGGUAUUACGCCGUCCUGGGCUUCGUGGAGUGCGUGGCGGUGCUCUUCAUCAUGGACGAGUGGGCUCUCCCCGACUGCGGCUGGGACCGCUGGAAACUGAUGGCCAUCGGCGUCCUGGGCAUCGGCGGCCAGACGUUUCUCACCAAAGCUCUGCAGAUUGAGAAGGCGGGCCCCGUGGCCCUCAUGAGGACCACGGACGUGAUGCUGGCGUUCAUCCUGCAGUUCCUCUUCCUCGGUCGCCAGCCCACGUGGUGGAGCCUGGGCGGGGCUCUGUGUGUGAUCAGCAGCACCAGCGGAGUGGCGCUCAGGAAGUGGUACAACAGCACCAGGCACAAACCCUGAGCGUUAUCGGUGUAGGUCUAAAGAUUUAUUUAUUUAAUCUAAUCUACUUUAAACAUGAUAACGUGCACUUAUUUACUGUGGUAACUGUGCGGUACCAAAGAUUCUGAACAUCACCAGCAUUUUAUAUUUUACUCUAAAAUACCAAACAAAAGACUGAAA